AUGGAUGACAUCCAAGGCGUACCCGGGAAACGGAGACCUUCUGAGGUUUUCGACCACCAGGAGCUACAGAAUCUGGCUCGCAUUGCUUCUAAUCUCAGAGAAAGACAGAGCCUCCCUAUCCAAAAUGCUUCCGACUUGUCUGACAACGAUGACGAUUCUCGACUGGAUCCAACAAACAAGAACUUCGACCAUUACCGAUGGGCACAACGUGCCUUGACAUCUCUUAACAAUUCGGGCAUCACUCUUGAACGACAAGGCGUCGUCUUUUCAAAUCUCUCGGUAUCUGGAUCUGGCUCUUCCUUACGAUUUCAGGAGACUGUCGUCUCCAGCUUAAUGCUCCCAUUUCGUUACGUUGCCAGCGCGAUAGUCGGCUCGAAGUCUAACCGCCCUCGACGCAUCCUCCACAACUUCGAUGGUCUUCUCCAAAGCGGUGAACUACUCCUGGUGCUGGGUCGUCCAGGAAGCGGAUGCUCGACCUUCCUCAAGGCACUGUGCGGGCACCUCGAAGGAGUUACACUUGAACCCGAAAGCAAUAUUCACUACCAAGGUAUAGGCUUCAAGAAAAUGACAAGGCAAUAUCGUGGGGAAGUUGCCUACAACCAAGAGGUGGACGAACAUUUUCCACAUCUAACUGUUGGCGAAACGCUCUCCUUCGCUGCCACCGCUCGUGUACCACAACUGCGUCCACCCGACUUGACCAGACAACAUUAUGUCGAGACUAUCGUCAGCGUGGUCAUGGCGAUAUUCGGCCUAUCGCAUACUGUCAACACUAAGGUGGGCGAUAACUUCAUUCGUGGCGUCAGCGGCGGCGAGCGCAAAAGGGUUAGCAUCGCCGAAAUGUUCCUGUCCAGAGCCCGUAUUGGCGCUUGGGAUAACAGUACUCGAGGUCUUGACGCAGCGACGGCACUUCAGUUCGUCAAGUCACUGCGCCUGUCAGCCGAUCUUGGUAGGGCUUGCCAUGCUGUUGCUGCUUAUCAAUCCUCGCAAUCAAUGUACAAUCUUUUUGACAAAGUUGUGGUCCUGUAUGAAGGCCAUGAAAUCUUUUUCGGACCUUGCAGCAGCGCCCUGGACUAUUUUGAAGUCAUGGGCUGGCACAGAGAUUCUCGACAGGUUGCCUCAGAUUUCUUGACAGCAGUCACCAAUCCUGGUGAGCGAAAGACGCGGCCGGGCAUGGAAGAUAAGGUGCCUCGGACUGCAGAAGAGUUUGCAGAAUAUUGGAAGCGAAGCAAAGAAUGUGCGAAGCUCAAGGCUAGCAUCGAGACCUAUGAGCUCGAACAUCCACUGGGCAGGGAUGAUGGCACGCGCUUCCAGGAAAACCACGAGAAGCAGCAAGCGAGGCACACGCGGCCAUCGAGUCCCUAUUUGCUAUCGAUUCCUAUGCAGAUACGCCUCUGUCUACGUCGAGCGUUUCAACGCAUGCGCAACGAUAUACCAACGACAAUGUCUACUGUGGUUGCCCAAGUAGUUUUGUCCUUUAUCAUUGGCUCCAUCUUUUAUAACUCACCAAACACGAGCGAUGCCUUCUUUCAAAAGGGAGCCGUUUUGUUCUUUGCUGUUCUCAUGAACGCCUUGAUCACAAUCAACGAGAUCAUGCAACUUUACAGCCAGCGGCCCAUUGUCGAGAAGCAAACGAGAUAUGCGUUUGUGCAUCCUUUUACGGAGGCACUAGCAAGCUCCAUUAUAGACUUGCCUGUCAAAAUAUUCCGUUGCUCGCUCUUUAGCAUCGUUCUGUAUUUCCUGGUCGGGUUGAGGAGGGAGCCGGGUCCAUUCUUCAUAUUUUACCUCUUUCUCAUCACGACUGUCUUGGUUAUGUCUGGAAUCUUCCGCUCCGCAGCAGCUGCCACCAGAACAAUCGGUCAAGCCAUGGGAAUUGCAGGCAUUCUGAUUCUCGCAAUUGUAGUGUAUAGUGGUUUCAUGAUUCCUCAGGCUUACAUGCAUCCCUGGUUUGCGUGGAUUCGAUGGAUUAAUCCUAUAUUCUACGCCUUUGAAAGCCUUCUUAGUAACGAAUUUCAUGGACGGGAGUUUGGCUGUGCUCAGAUAGUUCCACCGUACGGAACUGGAAACUCUUUCAUUUGCGCCGCGGUCGGUGCGGUUGCUGGCCAACGAUCUAUUGACGGCGAUGCCUUUCUACAGGCGAAUUAUGGCUAUCAGUACUCUCAUCUGUGGAGAAACUACGGGAUCCUCGUUGCGUUUCUUAUUUUCUUCCAUGCCAUCUAUCUGCUUGCCACGGAGUUUAACAAGGGGCGGCGCUCAAAGGCCGAAGCUCUCGUAUUCCGCCCUGGCCAUGCCCCAAAGCACCUCUCUACGGCAGACGUCGAAGCAUCGGAAAAGAAGCGUCUCCCAAGUAUCCCAACACCUGAGGAUAACAAGAUGGACCACUUACCUCGCCACCAAGAUGUCCUCACCUGGCGAGCCGUCAAUUACGAUAUCCCUGUCAAAGAAGGGACGCGCCGGUUGCUCAAUGAUGUCAACGGCUGGGUCAAGCCUGGCACAUUGACAGCUCUAAUGGGAGUCUCUGGCGCAGGGAAAACCACACUUCUAGAUGUUAUUGCUCAGCGGGUUUCCAUUGGGGUGGUAUCGGGAGACAUACUAGUCAAUGGCCAGUUAACAACGUCUGGAUUCCCCCGACGCGCCGGCUAUGUCCAACAACAGGAUCUCCAUCUGGAAACAGCUACUGUUCGGGAAGCUCUUCGAUUUAGUGCUGUACUGCGCCAACCCCUAGCUGUUUCUAAGACCGAGAAGUACCAAUACGUCGAGGAAGUCAUUCAGAUGCUGGGCAUGCACGAGUUCGCUGAGGCAGUCGUUGGGUCUUUAGGCGAGGGAUUAAAUGUGGAACAAAGGAAACUCUUAAGUAUUGGAGUUGAGCUUGCGGCAAAGCCCUCUCUGUUAAUAUUUCUCGAUGAGCCCACCAGCGGUCUUGAUUCACAGAGCUCUUGGACCAUCUGCUCAUUUCUGCGGCGGCUGGCAGACCACGGCCAAGCAGUCCUGGCUACAAUCCAUCAACCUAGCGCUCUCCUAUUCCAAUCCUUUGACCGUCUAUUGUUCCUAGCCCAAGGAGGCAAAACAGUGUAUUUUGGAGACAUUGGGCCCAAGUCCAGUAGCCUCCUAGACUAUUUCGCUGACGCUGGCGCACGGAAAUGCGGCGAACAGGAAAACCCUGCAGAGUACAUACUCGAAAUGGUAUCCGGAGACGACGACUCUGGAAUAGACUGGGUUGAGAAAUGGAACAGUAGCCCGCAGCACGAUGCAGUUCUGAAAGAACUGGAUGCACUUCACAGCCUACCAGACCGGGCUUCAACUGACAGCAUAAAGGCUGACGACUUGUCACAUGAGUUUGCCCAGCCAUUUCACGGUCAGUUUGUUCAUGUUGCAAGCCGCGCCUUCAGGCAGUACUUCCGACAACCAGAAUACAUAUUCACCAAGUUUCUUCUGGGCAUCGCAUCGGGCUUGUUUAUCGGAUUCUCAUUCUGGAAAGCGGACAAUACCCAGCAAGGGUUUCAGAAUGCUCUAUUCGGCAUUUUUCUGCUCGCAACUAUUUUCCCUACAUUGGUCAACCAGAUCAUGCCUAAAUUCGUGAUGCAGCGGUCACUGUAUGAAGUUCGCGAGCGUCCGUCUAGAGUUUACUCCUGGAAAGUGUUCAUCCUUUCUCAGAUGCUUGUCGAAGUGCCGUGGCAAAUACUUCUAGGUAUCUGCGCAUGGGCGUGCUUUUACUUUCCCGUCUUCGGCACCAGCGGAUCAGCAGAUACCAAGGGCUUAGUCCUGCUGCUUGUCAUACAGUUCUACAUGUAUGCAGCCACAAUUGCGCAAAUGGUGGUCGCAGCGAUCCCAGAUCCUGCACUAGGUGCCAUGUUGGCGGUGCUUAUGUUUGGUAUGUCGUUCAUCUUCAACGGCGUUAUGCAACCUCCAGAUGCUUUGCCGGGGUUCUGGAUCUUCAUGUGGCGUGUAUCACCAUUCACGUAUUAUGUGAGUGGCCUCGCAAGUGCCUCACUGCAUGGACGUGAGGUCGUAUGUUCCACUAGCGAAAUGAGCAUAUUCGAUCCACCUCCAGGGCAGACUUGUGGCGCAUACCUGGCUGCCUUUUUGGAAAAGGCUCCUGGUACACUGUAUAACUAUAACGCGACAUCAGGGUGCGAGUAUUGUGCUCUCUCCUCGGCGGAUCAGUAUCUGGCGGCACGUCGAAUCGAAUGGGAUGAGCGCUGGCGCAACUAUGGAAUAUUUUGGUGCUACAUGAUAUUCAAUGUGUUUGGCACGGCAGCGUUGUACUACGUGUUCCGAGUUCGGACGUGGAAGAGCCGCAAGGUAGCAAAGUCGUAA